AUGCCCGGCAAAGAGGGAGGCAAGGCUAAGCCGCUCAAGAAAGCGAAAGGGAAGCAGGUCGAGCUCGACGACGACGACCUCGCGUUCAAGGCGAAGCAAAAGGCGGACGCGGAGAAGCUCAAGGCGCUCAAGGCGCAAGCCGCGGGCAAGGGGUUCGGAGGUGCGAUUCGCGCGGACCCUCGGACGCGACCACCGCGUCUUCCGUUUUCGAUUUCGAUUUCGCGUUCGCGUUCGCGUUCGCAUUCGCAUUCGCGCGCGUCCGCGCGCGAUCGCCGUCGACUCACGUUCGGUCGCCCACCCCUCGCGCGGCGGCGUGCAGGCGGCAUGAAGAAGAGCGGGAAGUGA